AUGGUGGUGUGCCAGACUCCGGGGACCCUCGUAGUUCAUCGUCCCUGGCUCCCAAUUGCCAAUGUCUUCACCUGCCACUUGUGCCUCUUGGAAGACCCUUCACUGGGCUCCGUUUCUGGCUUAGAAAAGGGCACCAUCAACAGCUGUUCAUCCCCGGCAUGUUCCUACCGCUGUAAAGAAAAAUGCAUCACCCACCACUCAGACUACUGGUGUAAGGCUGACUGCAGCCAGUAUGAUUGCUGCAACUGGUCCAGUGCCCAGCUCCGCAGCCCUCUGCCUGCCCCAAGAAGACAUCUGGCCCUGUCUGAGUCCCAGAUCCACCGGUUCUUCCAGGCCCUGAACCUCUCCUCUCCCGCUUGGUUUGUUCAGAAGAUGUCUGAGAGCCCAGACCCAUUUACCCCGCCCCUGGAGCUGGGUGUGUCCAUUGCCGACCUGCGCCAAAUACACCUGUUCUUCAACAGUUCCGGACUUAAGGCUCUUCCCCAGACUAGACUCCGGCACGUCCCCUUCCAGAUUCUGCUCUGCAGUCCUCGAUCCCUGUGGUCUCCUAGGCCUCCUCUAUACUCCGACUACCUGGGUGUGGCUUCCCUCCUGUUCAAGCAGGUGUGA